AUGCGGAGCCCCCUUGGAGGCCCAAAAACGACGGAAGCAGCCGAAGUUCGACCCUCAAGCCUCCGUGCUGAAUUUUUCAAUGCGCUGGAGAGCUGGGCCUCAACUCUCGCUUCCGCAGGUGCCUCGGGAGCGGCGGCAGCCGACCCGGCCGGCCGCGGCGCGCAUGCCGGCGACGCUCGGCGCUCAGCCGAGCCCGUGAGGGGGGCGGCCAUGCAGGACGACGUCCGGCCCUCGGAGAUCCUUCCUGGGCGGCUCUUCCUGGGAAGCGCCAACACGCGAGGGCGGCGGGCCUGGGGGAGAACGCCCAGGGCAUCACCCACCUGCUCAACGUGUGCGACGCGGUGGUGGUGCUGCCCGGCAAGACAGCCUCUGGCGUCGUCGCCGAGUGGGUCCCGAUUAAGGACGACGGCUCCGACGACCUCUUCGGCCAGGCCCAGACCGAGCAGGAGCUCGAGGCGGCCCUCGCGGCAGACCCGGCCGCGCCCGUGCGCGGGGCGUGGUGGCGGUGCCGGGCCUUCUUGGAGGAGGCGCUGGGCGCGAGCGGCGGCGACAGCCGCGUGCUGGUCCACUGCGCGCUCUCGGUGGUUCAAA